GCGAUCCCCGCCGGCAGAAGGAACCCCGUUGCGCCGUGUGGCCGCGAAGGCCGGACCCGAACCUGACGCAUCGUUACCAGCGUGCGAAGAGCGUCUCUCGCCGCCUUGCAGCAAUCCCUGCCCGUCGCGCUCGCCAUGCCAUCAAAACCCACGAGCUCAAAACCGCCAUGACGUCCGAAGCGCCGAGGAACACAACUCGCAUGCGGCCGCAAAAGAGCUAGCGACCUGGCGUCGCUGAGUCUAGGUGUUCUCCGGCGCGAGGUAACAGAUAACGCUUCCCUUGAUUUGGUAGUUAUGAUCACAGCUUAAUUGGAGCUGUGAACUUCAGCCACGUCGUCCUCUGAUUAGGAUGGAUCCAACGCUUGCCGUUGCCGUGCCCCUCUAUAUAAACAACCCCCGCGCGGCUCGCCAAAGCCUCCACCUCGUCCAGUCGUCCUCGUCUCCUGCACUCUGUUCUCUCUAUCGAGUGCUUUCCGUUGCAGGGCAGGGCAGGGCAGCUCCCUCGUCUCGUCGUCUCUUUCAACCCCACACCACGACCGGGGACAGGGAGCCUGCGCGGGGCUCGCGGCAGGAGCUGGCUAACCAUCACUUUCGGGGAGCGGCUGCGCCGCACCCGCACGAGACGGCGGAGCUGGCAGCGGAGGCCUUCGGCGGGGAGUCGGAGGAGCAGAGCAACCGGUUCCUGGUGCUGCGCCUGUACGAGGCGCUCAACGCCCGCGACGCGCGCCGGGCGCAGGAGCUGCUGGCGCCCGACCUCGAGUGGUGGUUCCAUGGGCCCCCAGCGCGCCAGCACAUGAUGCGCCUCCUCACCGGCGCGGACAACGACGGAAAGGGCGUCGACUUCGUUUUCUCCCCGCGCUCCGUCGACGCCUUCGGCUCCACCGUCAUCGCCGAGGGCGCCGACGACGUGCGCCAGCUCUACUGGGUGCACGCCUGGACCGUCGGCCCCGAUGGGGUGAUCACCCAGCUCAGGGAGUACUUCAACACCGACCUCACCGUCACCCUCCUCUCCGCCACCUCCACCAAGAACGCCAUUGCCGCCGCUCCUAAGCAGGACCCCUCUUCCUCCUCAUCCUCGUCCUCGUUACCCUCCUCGACAUCUUCUUCCGGGCCCAAGUGCCUGUGGCAGAGCCGCCGCGCCGACCGCGCGCACAAGUCGCUGCCGGGCCUCGUCCUCGCCAUCUGAGAGUAGAGACAACUCCAUCGACCUCCCUGCUUAAAAAAUCAUACAUAUAUUAGUGCAUAAAUAAUCUGGAACUGACGUGAUUACCAAGCGAAGCCCAUCAGUCUAGACGUUUGCGUAUGGGCUGAACUGAACUGCUUUCAGUUGCGCGGUUCCUGAACCAGUUGAAUUGCUUAGCGUGUGUUGAAUCAGUAUUGCGAUUAAUCCAAGUCAUGGAUUAUGGUGUGUACUGCGAUUACUGCUACGGUAAUGGUCUACUUAUAUGGUCCAAUGGAAAUGAUGGUUUUUUUGUGGUUGGAUAAA